AUGAUCAGUGUUGCUGAUAAGUCUCAUCUCCCAGCAGGGGGUAAACAUUGUCCUCAGGAGUUUAGGAUUAUCCUCCUGGGUCAUGACUGGCUGGAGAAGAAUUUAACAGGUAAUACCAUCCUCGGUCGACAGAUGUUUGAUAUCAGCAGAGAUGUGAAGAUGUGCGUCCGGAGACAGGGUGUUCUUGGCAAUGGGUGUCAAGUCAUUGUGGUCAGCACCCCUCAAAGGUGGAUUCACUACUUUGUCCAAGACCCUGACCUAGUGAAUGAAAACAUGGCAACCUGCAUGUCCAUGUGCCCACCAGGACCUCAUGCCUUUCUCACAGUCAUACCCAUGAGCUCUCACCAAGGCAAGCAGUGGACAGUUGAGGGACCUCUGGAACUGCUUAAUGACACAUUGUGGAGAAACACAAUAGUAAUAUUCACCAGAUCUGUGAGACAGAAAGGAGAGUCUGUGGAGGGAUUCAUUGCAAAACAUGGGUUUAUCAAGGCAGGUUUGGAAAAGUGUGGAAAUAGGUACCUUGUUCUAGACACUUGGGAAAAAGGUGAUGGCACCCAGGUUGCAGAGCUUUUGGAGAAGAUCGAUGCACUCGUGGCAGAAAACGCAAGGGCAGGAGGAGCUGGUUAUGUGACUACAAAUGAGGAAGUCUCAAGAGUAACUGAGAAGGAAAGGAAAGAGGCAGAAAAGAGGGUGACGUUGAGGCGAAACAAUGUGCAGACAGCCAGAAAAACACUCAGAUCUCUAAUGGUGGAGUACCCUCCAAUUUCUAUGCUUCGCCUUCUGAUUGUGGGACCAAAGCAGGUUGGGAAGAGCUCAGCUGGAAACAUCAUUCUUGACGAUGAAGUCUUUCAAGCCGGACAUCCAACGUCCCAGUGCAUCGAGAGACAGGGUGACAUUCACCAAAAGCGAGUCAGUGUGGUUGACACUCCUGGCUGGAAUGGGAGAUACUGCUCUGAAGACACUCCUCAGGAGGUGCAACAGCAGAUUACCCACAGCACAUCUAUGCAUGCUCCUCAUGCUGUCCUGGUGGUUGUACGCAGCGACGAGACCUACACUGAAACAGACCGGCUGAAAGUGGAUGAACACUUGAGCUUGCUGGGAGCAUGGGUGUGGACUCGAGUCAUUGUGCUGUUCACGUGGGGAGACAAACUGGGCAGCACUCCCAUUGAGGAGCACAUUGAGAGAUGGCCUGCCCUGCAGAGGUUGGUUGACAAAUGUGGGAACAGAUACCAUGUUUUUAAUAAUGUUGGAGAUACUCAGGUGAGUGACCUCUUGGCGAAGGUUGAGGAAACAAAAGUGAGCAAUGAUACUGAAUACUUACUGAGUAUUUUCAUGAAGGCAAAAGGAGAAAAUGAUCUCCUAAAGCAAACAGUUGAGGAGAAGGAGAGGAUAAUAGAGGAAAUUAUUAAGACAGAUACAGAGAAAGAUACACAGAUUGAAGCUCUGAAGGUGACAGUAGAGAUGGAGAGGCAGGCAGAAGCGAGGCAAAAGAAAGACCAUGAAGAGGAGAUUCGUAUAAAAUUAUUGGAGGCUGGGAGGGAGAACAACCAGCUCAGAGAAGUCACCAUAGAGAAAGAUAAAAUGAUCACAAGCCUGAGUGAAAGAUGUGCUGAGAAAGAUGAUGUGAUAAAAGCAAUGAAGCAAAGCAGUGAGGUGAAAGAAGCAGUGCCAAAGGAACCAGAGCAAGAGAUCGCAGCCUCUAAGACACAACAAAUGAUGGCAGAUCACAAAAGUGAAGCAAAAAUGCUCAAAAAGACAAUUGAAGAGGUGAAGAGACACAAUGAAGAUACAAAAAAGGUGUUGAUAGAAACUAUUGAAGGGAUGCAGAGACUCGUACAGAAAAAAGAAACUGACACUGUGCACUUUGACAAAAGUGACAGCCCCACAUUAAUGACAAACCUCAAGACACUGGAGGACAUCAGGAAAGAGCAGGAAUGGGCGUUCACAGUACAUUCGAGUCACCAUGAAGACACCACCAAACCCAUUACAGAGCCAGAACAGACAAAGCAGAAAGUGCAGGACACUGACGUCAUGCUGCCACAUGACAAGAGAGAGACCACAAACAAAAUGUGGCAACCUGAGGCCGACUGGACGUCAUUCCUGAGGGCUGGAGGUACUGCACUUGGGGCUGCACUUGGGGCUGCAUUUGGGGCGGUUGCUGGCUACUACAGAGUCAGUAGUAGUCAGUUGAGCACCCGGUCAGCUAUCGGGGCUACAGGAGGGGCUCUGCUGGGGAACUUACUCACCCAGGGAGCCUGGCCCCAGCAGAGGAAAAAGGGGUCAGACACCUGCAGCGAGUCUCUACCAUGAGGCAUCUGAGACAUGAAGCACAUAAAAUUCUUGAUUACGACCACAAUAAAUGAACAGGGGAAAUAGCAUCUAUACAUGAAUCUACCGAAAUGAUUGCUUAUUCAGAUUUUUAUACAGCCUUUUACAAGUUUUAAGAUACACAUCUUCUUUGUAACUUUAUUAUCAUAAGUCUUUCAUCACCGUCCUUGUACUCACUGCAAGCAAGUACCCCCGCCCCUUUCUACUGUUUGUAUUAUUUUCUGUGCAGUGACAUGAAC